CCAUAGAUUUAAAGAGAGACUGCAUUCGUAGCCUGACGUUCAUUCAAUAGAGCGAUCAUAGGCAAGGCUGUCUGUCUGGCGUGCUCUCGCGUUUCUCUUUGCCUUACUCCUGCCACUUGAAGUGGUGUCUUCUUCUCUUUCGCUGGAGGGAAAAUUAACUAAGGAUGUUAAAUCAGAGAAUCUUUCCAGGCAUGGUUUUACUCCUGAUGUUUUUCUGCCACUUCAUGGAAGAUCAAACCGCGCAGGCUGGGAACUGCUGGCUCCGGCAAGCCAGAAACGGCCGCUGUCAGGUCCUUUACAAAAAUGGUCUCAGCAAAGAAGAGUGCUGUAAAACCGGCAGGCUUACCACUUCGUGGACAGAAGAGGACGUCAGCGACCACGUGCUUUUCAAGUGGAUGAUCUUUAGCGGAGGCGCCCCCAACUGCAUCCCGUGCAAAGAAACCUGUGAGAAUGUGGACUGCGGGCCUGGGAAGAAAUGUAAAAUGAACAAGAAGAACAAACCUCGGUGUGUCUGUGCUCCGGAUUGCUCUAAUAUCACAUGGAAGGGCCCGGUGUGCGGCUUAGAUGGGAAAACCUACAAGAAUGAGUGUGCUCUUCUGAAAGCCAGAUGCAAAGAACAGCCUGAGCUUGAAGUCCAGUAUCAGGGCAAAUGCAAAAAGACCUGUAGGGAUGUUUUAUGUCCAGGCAGCUCCACAUGUGUGGUCGAUCAAAAUAAUAAUGCCAACUGUGUGACAUGUAAUCGGAUUUGCCCAGAACCUACUUCUCCUGAACAGUAUCUCUGUGGGAAUGAUGGAAUAACAUAUGCGAGUGCCUGUCAUCUGAGGAAAGCUACCUGCCUGCUCGGAAGAUCCAUUGGCCUAGCCUAUGAAGGAAAAUGUAUCAAGGCCAAAUCUUGCGAAGACAUCCAAUGCAGCACUGGGAAGAAAUGUUUGUGGGAUUUUAAAGUGGGCAGAGGACGGUGUGCCCUUUGUGACGAGCUGUGCCCCGAAAACAAGUCGGACGAAGCUGUCUGUGCCAGCGAUAACACCACUUACCCGAGCGAGUGUGCCAUGAAGGAAGCAGCCUGUUCCCUGGGUGUGCUUUUAGAAGUAAAGCACCCAGGAUCUUGCAACUCCAUCAAUGAAGAUCCUGAGGAAGAGGACGAAGAGGAGGACCAGGACUACAGCUUUCCUAUAUCUUCCAUUCUAGAGUGGUAAAAACUUCCAUCACUUUUGGAACAGCCAUUGGGCAAGAAAUUCAAUGUCCAUACUGUACAUAAGUGUAUGCUUAUUUAUUUGGGGAAGAAAAAAGUAUACAUAUAGUUGAAUCUUGUAGACAUUUAUUUAUACUGUGUCAUGUUUUAUAAUUUAUACAUUAAAAAUGUCUGAUUGACUGUACACCUUUUAUUAUUAUUUUUUUGGAAGAAAUUUAAUCGUUAUGGGAUGAGCAGUGUUAUUUAUUGUGAGGUCUUUUGCUUGUAAAGUAAAGCUUUUUUUUUCUUGUAAACUAUAAAUCCAUUCCUUAGAGCUUAACUCCCCCUCCCCGUCACGACUCUCAUCUCUGCCGACGUUAACUCUUUUCCACUUUAACAAAACUUUGCAUGUCAGUUUCUGUCAUUUUUAUUUAUUGCAUUUCCUUCUUGCCGGUUAUGUACAUAUAUCCACGAUCCCUCGGGUAUUUGUUUACAAGGAAUCUUGACUGACCAAAAGGCGCUGUAAACUGACUUAACUAUAUAUUUGGGGUACAAUAAGGUAGUCUUUAAAGAAACCUCUUCCCCUUGGUUAUGCUCUUCUGAUUGUAUCAUGUACUGAGGUGAUCUCAAAGUACUGGACAUUUAUAUUGUACUAUGAGGAUCCAGGCCCAAAGAUCGGAUUAUGAAGUCUGUUAAUAGCUAUGUGGCUAAAUGUAAUGAGAGCAUCCUCUGUCCUUUUUUUUUUUUUUAAAAAAAAAAGAUACAUUGUCACAAGCAUUCAAUGUUUUUAUUAGCUAUGUCCUUGCAGUUGCUCCUGCAGUUCCAUUUUUUUAAAAGUUCUUUCUGUUUUUCAUUCGAAGUGUUCACAGAAUAUUAUAUCAAAGCUUUAUCAGUUCAAGUUUCUUGCUUUUCAUAAUACUUUUUUUUUCUGAGGCAAUUUUAUAUUUUCAAACAUGGCGAGUUAAAUAUAAAUUCAUUUAAAUAUAUAGUUUUGUACUUUUCUACCAUGUAAAUGUGCAAUGUAUAUAAAAGUUAUAAUGUGUAUUUGUAAAUAAAUUAUGAGUGAAAAUAAAAAUAAAAAUUGGAUUUCUUUCCCCCCCUGUACAUCAGCUUCGGUUAUUGCUUAGUGAAUGUGGUUGCUAGGAAUGGCUUUUUGAAUGUGGAAAGGGUUAGUUUUAGGAUCAUACGCACUGGUGUGACCAGAGCAUGCAGGGUCUUAUUUCAUGUCCGAGGGUCAGAAAGCUCAUGACACAGCAACUUUGCUGAAGUAAAGCAGGCAUAUAGGCCUGGCCAGCGUCUGAAUGAAAGGCCACUGGGGAAAUCCCUCAUAGGCUAUUUUGUGAGUUCCAUCAUGGAACAUUUCCAUGGGUACAAGAACAUCCGAAGCCAAAGCUGGAUGAGCUCGAACAAAGAGGUGGGGCAGCAUCCAAAGCUCACAUUCAUUCGAUUGCACCGCUGUGAAUGACCACUAGCACAAUGGGAAGUUACCACUGCCGAGAGCCACGCUGGAAAUGAGCCCAAAACAAGUGUUUCCAGAAGGGGGCAGGUCAGCUGAGCUUCAUAUCGUGAGCUCCACUGACUUGUUCUGUUCCGGAAAUGCUACUUUUUGGCUGCUCUAGAAAGCGCUAGCUUCCUAUUGCAUUGGUGGUCACUCCCAUUAGUGCAAGGGCAGCUUUGGAUACUGCCCUUGGUUUAAACCAGGUUUGAAAAAUACCCGGGGCAGGUGACCAGGAAGGGAAGUUUUAAUAAGCUGGGGGGGGGGAGUUGUUGUUAGUGGUGGUGGUUUUGUUUCAAGCCAUCUAAGUCGAAUGGGAAAGUGACUUUCGUAGACUUAUUUGAAAAGAUGGUCUGUAUGUUUGCCACAGGACCAGUCAUUCCCAUUAAGAAUUUCUCUACUUCUCACUCCCAGCCAGAUAAACCAUGAGAACUCACCAUGUGGUGAUCAUUGACAAGGAGGGGAGAUAAACACACUAUGUGGUCCAAAUUCACAUAGCGAACUCCAACAGAUGAUAUGAAUUGGAAAUUGCUAUAGAGAUCAGCCCCCCAUCUAGCAAAAUACAAUGUCUCUUGAGACCGACUCCAAGCCAUAGUAAACGUGAAAGUAAACUUGAGCCUCAACAAAUGGAUUUCAGGCAAUUUCAAAAUAAAGUGAUAUAAGAGAGUUCUUCGUUGUCUUAGAAAGUGGUAAACAAGCAUACAUCCGAUCAUCCACCUACUAUAAUUUAUACAAUCUUGACUGAUUGAAAGAAAACUCUGCACUACAGCACUGUAAAUGUUUCAUUCUGGUGUAAAGUCAGUUUUAAGAAUCUAGAAAACUCUACCCUAAUUUCAUCCUUCCAAUGUCUCAUAUUGAGACAUAUGAAAGCCGGUCUGUUGCAGUAGUUAGUAUUGGACUAGGGAGACCCAGGUUCAAAUCCCCACUUAGUCAUAAAGCUUGUUGGGUGAUUGUGGACCAAUCAUUAUCUCUCAGCCAAACCUACCUCACAGGGUUGUUGUGAGGAUUAAAUGAGUGGGAGGAGGGAGAACCAUGUGCACUGCCCUGACCUCCUUCAAGGAAAUAUUGCAGUAUUGUCACUGUUCACUCCUCCUUUUCACUCUAUUUGUUUUAAACCACAGAGCACUUGCAAACUUCCUUUAAAGCUUUAAGUACUCAUCCCCCUCUUGUAAAACCAUGUGGUGUUGACAUAACCAUGUAUUUUGCCUACAUUCAAUAAAGCUUUUCUUUGAUGGA